AUGUCCAAUCCCUCUUCCACUAGGCUCUCUGCGAUAUCCGGGCAUAUCGAAUGUCCAACUCGUAAACCUGUGAAAUUGAAUAAUAACUCCACCGCCAUAUCAACCGCUCAAGCCGCCGACCAGGUACCCUGGAAUCCGAAUAACGCAAAGUUUCCUUGCCGGAAAGAUCUCCCAAAGCUAUCUGGUGCCCCGGAGGGCGCCGCUUGGGUCUGGGGAAAAGAUGACGAAUUGGGCAGGUUGAACCUCCUCACGCCCCAGAGAGUCAAGGCAUCUGCCGCUGAAAUUGACACUGGCGAAAUGGUACGACUAGAUCUUCCUCUCACGGUGCCUGAGAAGCCAGCUUUCGACCGUGAGGUGUUCCAGCAUAACAUCAAAACGCUUGUUGAGGACGUUGCGUAUGAUGAUACAUACACAAUGAACACACAAAGUGGCACACAGUGGGAUGGGUUCAGACAUUUUGGCCACAUAGACAGCAAGUGUUUCUACAACGGAGCCAAAAGCACUGACUUCGUAGGUGACGCCGCAAAUCACCGCUGCAGCAUCCACCAUUGGGCAAUCCACGGAAUUGCUGGUCGUGGAAUUCUAUUGGAUUACUAUCAAUAUGCCAAAACCAACAAUAAGGCCUACGAUCCCUACACAAGUCACAGCAUUACUUUGUCGGAGCUGCAAGCAUGCGCAGCCUCGCAGGGCUUAGACCUACGCCCACAGUCAGAGGGCGGCGAUAUUCGCGUUGGAGACAUCCUGCUCGUGCGCUCCGGCUUUGUAGAGAGGUAUCACGAGCUUAGCUCCGAGCAGCGAUAUGCGGCUGCGACGCGGUCUCACGAGGACUUGAGUUUUGCGGGACUAUCACGCGAGCCGGCUGUCCGUGACUGGUUGCAUGAUUGCUAUUUUGCUGCUGUUGCUGGCGAUUCGCCGACAUUUGAGUCAUGGCCUGUCCCUGAGCAUGAUCAUUUGCAUCAGAGCCUGCUCGCGCUUUGGGGGUGUCCUAUUGGUGAGAUGUGGGAUUUGGAGAAACUUGCAGAGAAAUGCCGUGCUAGAGGGAAGUGGUCUUUCUUUAUGACUAGUGCCCCGGCUAAUAUGCCUGGGGGAGUCGGAUCGCAUGCGAACGCAACUGCCAUUCUUUAA